AUGGUGUCCACUGAGUACCAAGAUGCUACAACUGGUAGCAAGAACUUCAUAGAUGUCGAGAGCCAAGGAACGCCCCAACGAAAAGCAGAAGCGCCAAAAACUCUCGGUGCAGGAUCUGCGUUAGCUCUAGGCGCAUUCGGAACAACCUUAACAACCCUCUCUCUGAGUCUUAUGGAAUGGCGCGGCGUCACAACCAAUAAUGUCUUCGUCGCCAAUUUCUUCUUCAUUGCAGCCUUUGGUCUAGUUAUCACGGCGCAGUGGGAGCUUUCCAUUGGAAAUGGUUUUGCUUACACGGUCUUUAGUGCUUUCGGUCUUUUCUACGCAGGCUACGGUGCCCUAUUAAUACCAUCCCUUGGUAUCGCACAGGCAUACGGCGAUGAUACAGUGCAGUACAACAAUGCGGUGGGAUUCUUCAUGAUAUUAUGGACUGUGUUUGUGUUUACUUUUCUCGUCGCUUCCCUUCCUAGUAAUAUCGCGUAUAUCCUGGUGUUUUUCCUGGUGGAUCUGGGAUUUCUUACUGUUGCGGCUAGUUACUUUGCUAAAGCUGAUGGCCACGCUGCGGCUGCUGUUGCGUUGCAGAAAUCGGGGGGCGUGUUUUGUUUCCUUGCGGGUUUGAUUGGAUGGUAUAUUGUUUUUCAUUUGCUUUUGCAGGAUUCGCUUUUGGAUUUGCCGUUGGGUGAUACUUCGCGGUAUUUCGGGAAAAGGAAGAGUCAGUGA